AUGGAAAAGUGGAAGAGUUUUCAACUGUCGAAGGAAGAGGAGGAAGGGGUGACGAUUGAGGCAGAGGAAGGUGGUGAAGAUGAGAUUUUCCAGCGAACAUUAGCAGGGAAGCUGUGGACUGACAAUAGCUUCAACUCGAGAGCGUUCACUAGCACAAUGAUAAGCGCCUGGAGAUUGAAAAACCCGGUGGAGGUACAAGAGCUGAACAAGAAUCUUUUCCUUUUCAGAUUUGCAUCCAAGCGGGAUCUCGAAGGGGUAUUGAGAAACGGCCCAUGGAGUUUCGACAGGAAUAUUCUGGUGCUGGCUCGAGUUUCAGGAGAUGAGCAACCAUCGGAUCUAAAUAUGCACUUUGGAACUUUCUGGGUGAGAGUCUAUGAAUUACCACUCAAACUCAGAUCGGAAACCAUGGCGAAAAAACUGGGUGGAAUACUGGGAGAGUUCGAAGAGAUGGAUCUUAAGGAGGCCCACCGCAACGGAAGGUUUUUGCGACUCAAGGUGAAAGUGGAUCUGAAACAGCCACUUAAACGGGGAACAGUGGUGAGGUUCAAAGAGAAGAACUUGAGAGUCCAUUUCAAGUAUGAAAGACUGCCAACUUUCUGCUUCAUUUGUGGCCAUGUUGGACAUCAAUUAAAAGAUUGUGAAUCAGUGGGUGAACUCAGUGAAGAAGGUUUUGAGGACCUAGAAGAACAGGAUUUGUCUUAUGGUGCUUGGCUUCGGGCUUCUCCACUACCAAGAACGCAGGAGGAUAGUCAGAGGAGGGGGUCAAAUACUAGCUCUUGUAGCAAAAGUCUUUUCAACAUCUCUUCGGGACAGAGCAGGUGCGAGACAAAGGAGAAGGGGAAGGAGGUAGAGGAAGGGGAAGUCGAACAAGGAGUGGGGAAAGGGAAGGCUAGCGAAGAAAAGAAGGGAGUGCCAUCGAAUAGGAAAGAGGUAGUGGCGGCAGAUGGGAAGAACCUUUUGGAGAUUGAAGCUAUGGCAGAAUCCUUAGGGGCAGUUGAUAUCUCUAAGGUGGGGAAGGAAGACAAGGCUACAAAGAAGAUGGGGGUUGGGAAACGGAAGAAGUGGAUUAGGAAGACCGGCGCUCGGAAAAAUAAUUCUGCUCUGAGUAAGAAAAUGGAGGUAGAAAUGGGGAAAAGAAACUUGAUUGAUGUAAUGGUGAUUGACGGAACUAUUGAGGGGAGGGGAAGUGGAGAGAAAAAACUGAAGGCUGAUGAGGCUCCAAUAGUGAAGAGUUCACAGGGACCAGAGGUGGUGUUGGAAGUCCAACACCGCCUACAACAAUGA